AUGGCAUUGGAUACUUUGGAUUUUGCAGUCAUCGCCGGGUUGGCUUUGGCAGUAGCAUUUUACUUCGGUAGAGAGUUCAUCUUUGGAUCCGACCAGGCAACAUCAGCUGGUUUCGUCGCUGGCGGCGACGAAAAUGACCGUGAUUUGGGUGCUACUUUAAAAACGAAUAAAAAGAAUGCGGUUGUGUUUUUCGGCUCUCAAACAGGAACGGCGGAGGAUUAUGCAAACAAGUUAGCCAAAGAGCUUCACUCAAAAUUUGGAUUAUCUGUAUUAAUUGCAGACAUGGCGGAUUAUGACUACGACAAUUUUCACGAAUUGAAUCCUGAUUAUCUCUUCUUCUUUCUUGUUGCGACCUAUGGUGAAGGUGAACCUACUGAUAAUGCAGUUGAGUUUUUUAACUGGUUGGAAGGCGACGCAGAACAACUCUCGAACAUCAAGUUCACGGUUUUUGGCCUAGGAAAUUCAACUUACGAGUUUUACAAUGCCAUGGGGGCAAAACUCAACGAAAAAUUUGAAGAAUUGGGUGCUGAACGCAUAGCACCUUACGGGCAAGGUGAUGACGGUAUCGGCACGAUGGACGAGGACUUUUUGUCUUGGAAAGAGGAGUGCUUUGAUUGCCUUAAAGCGAAUUUGGAUUUGGAAGAAAGAGAGGUGGAAUAUGAGCCAUCCUUUGAGCUUGUCGAAGAGCAGGAAUUAGAUACAAACGCCGAAGGCGUUUCACACGGUGAGCCUAACAAAGCUUAUGUUAAUAUGUCGAAAGACUUGACGAAGGGCCCCUUUGAUCAUACUCAUCCAUAUUUGGCCCCCAUAAAGAAGACGCAAGAGCUAUUUGUAUCUGAGCAAAGAUCCUGUGUCCAUACGGAAUUCGACAUUUCUAACUCAAAUCUAAGAUACACAACUGGAGACCAUCUAGCCAUUUGGCCCUCAAACUCAGAUGAGAAUGUUUCUCGAUUCCUUUCUUGCUUUGGUUUUGCUGAUCGGAAAGACGAAGUAUUUUCUCUCAAAGCAUUGGAUUCCACCGUUCUGAUUCCAUUUCCGGUACCUAUUACUUACGAAGCUGCUGUGAGACACCAUAUGGAAAUCUCCGGUCCCAUUUCCAGACAGUCUUUAGCCUCAAUUGCGCCCUUUGCUCCAAACGAGGAAACAAAGAAGGAGGCUAUGAAAUUGGGAAGUGACAAAGAAUUAUUCGCAAAACAAAUUCAUGACUGUAACCUUAAUUUGGCGGAUGCUUUAUUAAAAAUUUCGGGCGGAGUGAAGUGGGAAUCUGUCCCAUUUGUGUUCUUGAUAGAGCUUAUGCCAAGCUUACAACCUCGCUACUACUCCAUCUCCUCCUCCUCGUUGUCUGAAAAAACAUCGAUUCAUGUAACUGCUGUCGUGGAGGUUGAAAAGCAUGAUGAACAUAUUGUCAGUGGUGUUGCGACUAACUUGCUUAAGGAUAUCGAAGUGCAUCAAAAUGGGUCACAUUUCACCUACAAUAUCAGUUAUGAUUUGAAAGGGCCAAAGAACAAGUUUGAUGGCUAUAAGUUGCCGGUGCAUGUUAGGAGAUCCACCUUUAAGUUGCCGUCAAAUCCUUCAACUCCUAUCAUCUUAGUAGGACCCGGAACUGGUGUCGCACCAAUGAGAGGGUUUGUCAGAGAAAGGGCCAAGCUCUUGCAGCAGGAUCACAACAUCAACGUUGGAAAAAUUCUCUUAUUUUAUGGGUGUAGAACUCUGACUGAAGAUUUUCUUUACAAAACUGAGUGGCCGGAGUAUGCUAAACAAUUGGGACAGCUGUUUGAGAUGGAUGUGGCCUUUUCUAGGGAAUCGAGUGAAAAGGUAUAUGUUCAGGACAAAAUUUUGGCUAGAGCCGAGAUGGUGGAUGAGCUUUUGCAAAAUGGUGCUUACAUAUACGUUUGUGGUGACGCCUCUAGAAUGGCGAGGGAUGUGCAAUCUACGUUCGUUAAAGUCAUAUCUCAGCAAAGGCAGCUUCCAGAGGAGAAAGCAGCAGAGUUGGUGAGGUCACUCAAGGUUCAAAAUCGCUAUCAAGAAGAUGUUUGGUGA